AUGGCCCACCACCGCGCCGAUGAAAAACGAUUCAUGGACGAGCGCGGCUCCUCGGGGCCCCUCGCUCCCAAUGGCCUUAACCCAGCCACCAUAAUGGAAAAGCCCGUCAGGGAACGAAUAAUCGACAGCUACUUUUGGAAAGACCAAUGCUUCGCUGUCAACGAAGCCGAUAUAAUAAACCGCGUAGUCGACCACGUCAAUUUCAUCGGCGGCACAUACGGGGAUGCGCAAAGGCCUUCGCCCUUCCUCUGCCUCGCCUUCAAACUCCUUCAACUUGCUCCCAGCGACGACAUAUUGCGCGAAUACCUCGAAUUUGGCGGCGAGAAAUUUAAAUAUCUAAGAGCAUUGGCACUAUUCUAUAUCCGGCUGACGAGGCAGGCGAAAGACGUAUAUAAAAUGCUCGAACCGUACCUGGAGGAUCGGAGGAAGUUGAAGAGGAGGACAAGAAUCGGGACUAGUCUUACGUUCAUGGACCAGUUUGCGGAUGAUUUGUUGACGAAGGAUCGGGUUUGUGCUACUACGUUGUGGAAGAUGCCGAAAAGGGAGCUGCUGGAGGAUUUGGAUGUGUUGGAGCCCAGGGUGAGUCCGUUGGGCGACAUUGAGGAUUUGUUGGAGAGUGACCCCGAGGUGGUAGAGGGAAACAAUGGGAGGAGGGCGGACGAUAGUGAGGAAAGUCCAGGGAGUGAGUUUGGGGAGGUUACGCCGGAGCCAGAGGGGAUUCAUGUCGAUAAGGAGAUGGGGGAGAAGGAGAAGGAACAUGACAAUGACGAGCCUUGA